GAAUCGGGUCGGGGAGAGUCUUUGCGUGACGUCGACCGUCAUCGUCGUCGCCGCGGUCGUAUACACGCGUAAUCUAUAUGUAUAGUCGCCUAUAGUCAUUCUAUAGUAUAAUAGGAGACCGUCGUCGUGCGAAUCGCGCAAAACUGCGCGAGAGGCGUGAUGCGCAAAAAGUGUGAUCGAUGUGAUGUUUUGCGAGGGUUAUAACGAGAAUGCCGAUACAGGCACCACAGUGGACUGAAUUCCUGUCAUGUCCAAUUUGCUGCCAUGACUUUGAUGUGGCCGUGCGAGGUCCCAUAUCGCUUGGUUGUGGCCACACCAUAUGUCGUGCUUGCUUGGCUAAUCUACACCGCAAGCAGUGCCCUUUUGAUCAGAGCAUUAUCAACACCGACAUCGAGAAACUACCUGUAAAUGAAGCAUUGUUACAACUGCUGGGCAAUCCAAUUCCCACCGUUGCCUCAUCAGCAUCUGCAUCUAACCAGCAGCAGAAUUACCAGAAACUUCUACCGGUCGACCAACAUGCUAACUAUCUGAGGGCUAAGAGCUGUAUUGAAGAGCUCGCCCUUUAUCUGAAACCAUGUCAGAUUACUAACUCUGCGGGUAUCGGGAGCGGGGGCGGGGGAUUGGUGUCACGGCCCAUGCAACGGAAACUAGUGACGUUAUUAGGCUGUCAACUAGUAGAACCAGAAGGUAGGGCACGCGCGCUGCGUGCCGCUCGUAGUCUCGGUGAGCGCACCGUCACGGAGCUCAUACUGCAGCAUCAGAACCCUCAGCAACUCAGCGCUAAUCUUUGGGCGGCCGUGCGUGCUCGUGGCUGUCAAUUCCUUGGACCAGCGAUGCAAGAAGAGGUUCUUAAGCUUGUAUUAUUGGCUCUGGAGGAUGGUUCUGCUCUAUCGCGUAAAGUGUUGGUGAUGUUCGUGGUGCAGCGUCUGGAACCACAUUUUCCUCAAGCUAGUAAGACCAGUAUUGGACACGUGGUGCAACUUCUAUAUCGGGCAAGCUGUUUUAAGGUAUCAAAGCGUGAGGGUGACUCGUCACUGAUGCAAUUGAAGGAGGAGUUUCGCACUUAUGAGGCUCUAAGACGGGAGCAUGACGCACAGAUUGUGCAGAUAGCCACGGAGGCGGGUUUACGUAUCGCUCCUGACCAAUGGUCAGCACUGCUCUAUGGCGAUACCGCUCACAAGUCUCAUAUGCAAAGUAUCAUUGAUAAAUUGCAAACACCACAGUCGUUCGCUCAGAGUGUUCAAGAGCUCGUAAUAGCGUUGCAACGUACUCCCGAUCCUGGACAACUGAGCGGUCUCAGGCCUCAGUUGGAACUGUUAGCUGCCAUUGAUCCCAGUCCAGAGACAGAACCACCGAGCUUGGCCGAAUGUCGGGCGGCCCUAGAAGCCGUAAGAAUAGUGGUAGCUACUUUGGUGGACUUUGUUCGACAGCAUGGAAGUGGUGGGACGUGUGGCAGCAAUCGGAAAUCGGCGGCGCAGGAUAGCGGAGGUGGCGGAUCCCCCUCGUGUCCGGGUUCGGCGACCGGUAAAUACAAAGUCAGCAUGUGCAGAGACCUAGCUCUGCGCGGCACUUGUCCACGAUCCAACAAUUGUACCUUUGCUCACAGCGACAGCGAGCUCGACAAGUACAGAUCGAAGAAUCGUAAGUUGAGUGUCAGGGCGAAUUCAAAUCAGUCAGAAUCGAAGGGCGAGAAGAAUAACAAAAUUUUCAACAAGCAAAACGGUGAUUUGACGACUUAUUCCGCCAAAGCACACGAUAGAGAUAAUACGGUAGUGCAACAUUCAACGCCCGUUCCGGCCAACUUGGAAAAUAACUUGAUUGACUCAUUGACAUCAACCUAUAUGCUGCCGCUUACACCCCCGCAAAACUUACCACACCUCAGUCUGUGCUCUGUAAAGGGAGGAACUAUAAUGGACAGUGGAGGGCCUCCUGGUGUCCAUUGUUCCGGGCAUUACAUAAUGCCACCGGGACCCGUUCCCACUGUCGACUACGGACCUUCGUUGACAACCGCAACGAAUCUGGGGAUGUGGGACACUCCACAAAUUGUACCGGCAAAUCAACGAACGGCCGUGGCAAAAACUAUGUUGGCGAUGUUGUUGCAACGCAGAAUGGAGAUUCUGAAUCAGCUAGAAAUGAUCGUCGGCAAGCAGCAGCAGCAGCAGCAACAAUUAAUAUCGCCACAAAUAAAAACGAAUUAUGAUCUUCAGCAAGAGAGUGACUUAUUGACUACACCCAACAAUUAUUCGAUAUGGACCGCAGCGAAUAACUUUCGCUGUUCAUCUGGGACGGAUCCAUCUCCGCCACCGCCCUCGUCAGCUUCGCAUCUUCUUGAUGAUGACGGUCCCUUUAUGACCCCGUUAGACGUAUCUCCCGCGACCUUGCCGCCGGUUAGCAAACAGGGACCUAUCUCAAGACUAUCGAAAACACUGAUAAGAUCUCCCUACAACGGAGCUCUGCAACAUCUUUACAACGAGGGGAUUGAACCUACUCCUAUUCCCGCGCUGUCUACUGCAUUCAGAACUCCAAACUCUGUAACCUCCUGGUACUAUGGCAAUCAACCAUACGCAGCGGUUGGCGUGAAUGGAAUACAAUCGGUGACGUCAACGAACCUCGGUAAUGGUGACGGUGAUAGUGGUUUCAUUGGCGAUAAUUACGUCGCUCUUGGCCGCAAUAUUAUUGCGCCAGAAUCACUGUCACAAUUCUCGAGAUCGGAGUGUAUGUCAAAAGAUUUGAUUUUGGAGUCGCAGAAGGUGAAGCAGCAACUUAGACAUCUGGAGAAGAAAAUCAAUGACUUAAAGUUGGCUACGCAAGGAGCUACUACUUUCGUCACGGCGGGCGAGCGACUGACGCAGGAAUUGCGAAUGAUCGAAGCGGGCAUCAGAGAAAGGGAAAGAGAUGUACGAAACUGGAGCAACCCGUACGGUGGUGGUACCGGCACUACCACCAUUCCUUGGAUUCAGCAAUCCCCUAACGAUUGGCUCUCAAAUCAAGAGUAUAAUACGGAUUACAAAACUGAAGAAGAAGAUACGUACGAGGCUGGACUAGCGAACGAUAUGCGCGAGCUAGAACUGCGAUGGGAAUUUGAGCUGCGCGAGCAAGAGAAACAUUGGUCCAGUGGAGGCGAGAAAGACACCGUCACCUCGAAGAAUAAAUAAUAGGACGCCAACUCCUUUCUUUUCUUUUUUCCUCUCAAGCUCUGCUCUCCUUUCUCCUUUGGGAAACAUGUAUUUUUACAUGUCAAAAAUCAAUCUCCUAUUCUAUCUCCUCUAAUUAAUAUUGAUCGAGGGUAAGUAUAGAACUCCUUCAAUCCGUGAAGGUCGGGGAAUAUACAUGGUACACGCAGGCGUGCGGACCUAAACCUUUUCUCGAGUAUUUUUCACAUUAAUUAGAAUAUCACGUGAUAAAAAAUUGUAAAAAUUGUACAAUUUUAAAUCUGAAUAACAAUUAUUAGCCCCAUUAGGCAUCAGUUCUCGACAGUUGAAAUUGAGCGAUAAUUCGGUACUCGGCUAAAUAGCUACAUGAGCUGGAAAAACGCCAGACAUGACGUAAUUCAUAUCGUUUACGUAAAUCGAAUUAAAUGAAUAUAAUUGCUAAUUUCCAAAUUAACCAAUUUUCUCGAUUGAUCUCUUGAAUUGACCUACUGCCUCUCUCCGAUUUAAGGAAGAGGUGAAUGGGUGAGAUAGUGAAAUUUACGAUAUAUAUAUAUAUAUAUAUAUAUAUAUAUGUAUGUAUAUAUUUUUUUUUUUUACGGAAUUUGUUAAAAUUUAGCUUAACACGCGGUCAAUGUUUUAUAAACAUCCGCGGGGCACAUGUGAGCACGAGGAGAAAUAUAUUAAUUAACAUAUUUAAUUAUAUGCAGAUUUCGUAUACUGUCUAUUGAUGAUACGAUAUCACAUAUACAUGUAAUGGAUAAUACAUUCGAAAAGAAUGCUGAUCGCGCUUGACCUAAUCGAUAAGGUUACACUCUGCGAUGAUAAUAAGAGCGACACAUUAUUACAUUAUAUGCUUAUACAUAUAUUGUAGAUACAUGUGCUAAAAAAGAAAUCGCGUUCCUUUUGAAGGACGUUAUAUUUAUAGAAUUUCUAUAUUCCGAAGAUGGAAAGGAGAACGAAACCGCUGUCUCAGCUCGACGACGGUACCCUUUAUACGUCUUGUUUUAAAAUUUUUCUUUCAAAAGAAUCGGCAAUUCUUCCUGUGUUAGAAACGCACGAAAAGAAACUCGAAGAGAACCUCGUGCUUAUGUUUAAUUAAUGAAAUUUGAUGUUUAAUUAAUUAUUAUAUAAGGAAAUUAAUCUCCACGGAAUAAUAUAAUCCUUACGUCAAUUAUUAAUAUUAACAUCAAUUUUAUUAAUUAGAUGAAUUACAUAUUAAAAAUUACCGAACUUUCUGCCAGAGUUUACUCGACUUUUGAGGACCGUCUCGAGAGAGGGGAGGUCCAGUUACCCUUUUUAGGAAAUCGUUGCAAUAGCAAUUUGAAAUCGUCUCUUUUUUUCUAUUUUUACGGAAUAACAAAGAGCGAUGAAAACAAUUCCAGUUUUAGUGGAAGCAAGAUUUUCUUUUUUUUAUAUAUAGACGGGGUCUCAUCGAUUCCACUUUAUAAAUCCUCAGGAGGACUUACAUGCAUACAUACGUACACACAUACACAUACACACGUAUAUAUAUUUAUAUAUUUGUAAUAUACUCGAACGAAAGUUGUCUUAUUUUUCUAUCACAAGAGCUAUGAAUAAUUUGAAUCUUCUUCUCUUUAACGGUGAUAUACGAUUAUAUCUAUCAUUAAAUUAAUGCGUUUCUUUUUUUAGUACUGUAUAUAAUCGAGGAUAACUCAUGUAAGAGUAAUAGAGAUAGAUUAUGCUGGUUUAAAUUUAAUUGUUAUCUAAAUUUCUAUCUUUUUAGAAAAGAAAAGACUACGGAACUAAUGCAUUAAUUUGAUCUCAAUUUCUCUGCAACCAAAACUUAUCUUUUUACUUGUUUUAUAAACAUUUUUGGAGAUUGUUUAGAAAAUUUUUUUUAUAAUAGUUAAUGGAAAUUAAAAAUUUAUCUUUUUUUUGGCAAUUUUGCAUAAUUACCAUUAAAUGGUUUUACAUCGUGAUUUUUUAUUUCCUGCAAAAAAAUUAAACUCGAAUUAUUAAAUAAAAUAAAAAAAGUGCAUUAAUUCUUUUUCAAAUUUCAGCUGUUUCAAGUUACAUUUUAUGUAACAUUAUAUAUCUGUGGCAAUUAUUUUGGAAGGAUCACUUUAAAAGAAAUGCUAUGAUAAAGAAAAGAAAUUAUAUUCGUAAUUUAAUCGAUGCUAUUUUGUUAUUAAUUAAAUUUUUAUUAUUUGACCUGCGUUUUAUUAUUGAUAUUGUUAAUUUUUAUCGAGAUUUAAAUCAUUAAGAUUACGUAUGACUUCGAUAUAAUAUAACCAUGCGAAAUUAAUUGAUUAUCGAUCAGCAUAGAUUCUCCUAUAGCUAGCCUAGAUAAAAAUAUUUAGUGCAAUUCCAUUCGUUCUUGUUCGUUAUUGUAUGUAAUAAUGAUUACGAUAAAAUGUUUAUUAUAUGAGUUUUUAUUAUCAAUUUUGUGCGCGCGUGCGCACGUGUAUGUCUAUAUGUGCUUUUCUCACCGAUUUUUGUGCAGUAUAUAACAACUAUAAUACAUAACGCGCGAAUAAGCGAUUAUUUAAAACAAAAUAUUUGAGAUGUUUUUUUUUUAAUAAGAAGUAAAAUUAUUCUCUUAAAGAAAG